GAUCGCAGCACCUUGCACUCUCAAGCGGCUGCGACAAUGGGCUUCUGUCUUUCACCUUCAAGCAUACUUCUCGAUUGGAUGCCAUUGCGUUUCUAUACUCGUCUCUAUUGACACUCAGUGCGCCUUAUUGACGUUAUUGACAUGCUACAACAGAGACAUGAAUUUGCUUCUUUGUUUCUACAUAACGAACUUCGGCUAUAAAACUCCAUUCCACCAUCCGCAAUAUACUCACCAUCGACUCAUCGACAACACACCAGUCAAUCAUCUGGUCACAGUCGAUCGAUCGCCCACUUAUUCAUUCACUUAGGAAUACUCUUCGGAAACGAUCAAGAUGAGGUUCAGCGCUGUCAUCGCCGCCACCAUCCUGGCUGCCACCGUCUCUGGUGCUGCCAUCGCCAACCCUGCCCCUGAGGCCACCGAAGUCGCUGAGGCUACUCUCGAGGCCACCAUCGAGGCUCCCACUGAGGUUCCCACUGAGGUUCCCACUGAGGUUCCCGCCGACUUCCCUAAGGGCGACCUGGUCUACGUUGAGGAUGGCGAGGACGCACUUUCCAAGCGCGAUGUUGAGGCUAGCAAAUGGGUCUGGUCUCCCAAGUACCGCCCCCUUGGCAUGCCUGUUGGCAAGCGCAAGGCUGAAGCUGAGGCUGGCAACUGGGUUUGGUCGCCCAAGCACCGCCCCAUUGGCAUGCCUGUAGGCAAGCGUAACGCCGAAGCUGAGGUCAACCCCCAGUGGGUCUGGUCUCCCAAGUACCGCCCUAUCGGUAUGCCCGUAGGCAGACGCGAAGAGUAACUCGUCACCAACGAAUUCGAAUUUUGACAACGAACGCAUUGCAACUUUUCACUUCUCCAUAUUCGACGGACUCGGCAGCGAUACGAAAGGAUAUGAGCAUCUUGUACAUAAAAGCCUUUAAACAUACUAGGACCAGCAUGAGACAGGCAUGUUUCCUCUGGAGCCUCUACAGGGCAGGACGGUUUCUUGGCAUUUGAUGGCAUAUGUAAGAGGGAUGUUGUGACGAUGAUGGGAUGGCUGGCC